AUGGCCGACGUUAAUACUGUGAAAGGACUCUUCGCCUUGUCUGUGCUCAUCAAUAUCUCUUUACUGACGGGUAUAUUGACACUACUUGCCAUAGGCGACUACGGUCGUGUGACAGACGACGUAAACGCCUUCCUCUGCAGCAGCAACAAAAGAGACUACUUGCCAUUUGAUGAUAGAACGCUAAGCCCCUACGAAUUACGCCAUCGGCGCCACCGUGUAUUCGAUGCCCUAAACACGGAAGAAAUUGAAGCUAUAUUCAAGUAUCUGUACAGUAUAAAAUCGUUAAAUCUUAUGCAUCCUUCCAAGGCAAAAGUAAACGAUAAUUAUAUAUUUCUAAUGGAAGCCCAGACGCCUAAAAAAUUAAAAGUGCUUCGAUUUCUUGAUGAUUACGGGCCGAUCCCAGCGAGACAGGCAAAGGUGAUUAUAAUGAAGGGAAAAGACGAGCAGCCGGUCGUUGAAGAAUAUAUUGUGGGUCCGCUGCCGAACCCACGCUACCAUUACUUGAACAACCGGACAACAAAAAAAAAUCCUUUGCCAUUUCGGAUUCGACCGUUUAACAACCCAGAGAUUUUGGCAUUAAUGCACGAGGUUCUUCCCGAGACAAUGAAAAGUAUUAACAAUGUCCUGCAAGAGAUUUAUGGAGCCCAACUGUCGCCUAAUGGAUGCGAAGUGCUGUGUCUUACUUUUACAGCAGCUCCUGUGUCGACAUCGUUCGUUCGCGAACGAAAACUAUGGAUUCCAUUAUUUUACAACCUUGAAUUCCCAACUCUGUACCCGAUUGAUUUUCAACUACUAAUCAAUAUAAAUCCCAAAAAAUUAAAGGAAUGGAGAAUCGAGCAGAUCUGGUAUUCCGGUAUCCUGUAUAAUUCAACCCAAUCAUUUCUUGCAAACUACAAGGAAAAUACUAACAAUUCCACGCAGAGGAUUAACCCGAAAACUAUUCUUGACAACGUUCGCGGUCAUCUUUAUUCUCGAGGAAGAUUAUACCCGGACAGGCACUCGACAGGACCGCAGCAAUUUGAGACGUCACGCAAACGCUACAAGAUAAUUAACAAUAAAGUCAUCUACAUGAAAUGGUCUUUGGACUUUCGCGUCUCGGCUAUUCAGGGCCUUCAACUUUUUGACAUCAAAUUCGCCAAUGAGAGAAUCAUAUACGAACUUAGCCUCCAAGAAAUUGCUGUUCUUUACAGCGGUUUUAAUCCUUUUAUGCGCUACAUGCAUGUGGCAGACACAGUCGAUCUCCCAGGAAAAAGCUAUGGACUUGUUCCUGGGGUUGACUGUCCGCAUCAUGCCACAUUCUUAAAUGCAACUCAUGCUACUGAGGAGUACGAUCAUCCAGCUGUUUAUCAAAAUGCUAUGUGCAUAUUUGAAUUCAACAAGGAUGCCCCCUUUCGACGCCACCAUGCGAAUAAUAUGCGUGAAGGGAAAUUCUACUCUGGCCUCGCAAAUAAUGUAUUAAUCAUAAGAACGAUAUCCGUAGUCUACAACUACGACUACAUUUUCGAUUAUAUAUUUUAUCAGAAUGGUGCUCUUGAGGUGAAGGUCUACUCGACAGGCUACGUUUACACGACGUCAUACUCCGAUGCUGAACUACCAUAUGCCGUACCUGUCGAUAAAGACGUGGUAGCCAACAUUCAUGCUCAUCUGUUCCACUUCAAGGUCGAUUUGGAUAUACUUGGCCAAAAGAACAGAUAUGAAACGUGGGAUGUAAAAGUCGAGAAUAAAAGUAACUUGUGGACGCAGAGAGGUGAAGGUUUUCCCCAAUAUUGGUUCAAUCGGAACUUGAAACGAACUGAAAAAGAAGGCGUCUUUCGAUAUGACUUUAAUGCACCCAAAUAUCAUAAUAUUGUGAACAACGCCAAGACCAACUAUCAUGGUAUCCCACGGGGCUACCGAAUCCAUCAUAAGGGAAUGGUCAAGCAGUUGCUACCAGAAAACUUCCAUAUGGAGAGUUCCAUCUCGUGGUCACGUUACCAAAUGGUGGUCACACAGUACAAGGACAAGGAGGAGUCAAGCAGUUCCAUAACCGCUCUCUUUGGAACUAAAAACCCGGCGGUAAAAUUCUCCAAUUUUGUUGAUGAUGACGACGAUAUUGUCGAUAAGGUAAAGCUGUUUUAA